CCUUUGUUAACAAAACCAGAGAAAAUGGCUGAAGAGGGAGUGGUGAUUGCCUGCCACACAGUGAAGGCUUGGAAGAAGCAGUAUAAGAGGGGAAAGCGAUUGGUUGUGGUGGAUUUUAGUGCUUCCUGGUGUGGGCCUUCUCGUUUCAUGAGUCCAAUUCUGGCAGAGUGGGCGAAGUUGAUGCCGAAUGUCAGAUUCUUGACGGUGGAUGUUGAUGAAUUGAGUUCUGUUGCUAGAAAUUGGGCAGUUGAGGCAAUACCAACCAUUUUAUUCUUCAAACGAGGACAAUUACUCGACAAGGUUGUUGGUGCCAAUGUACCGCAACUGGAGUUGACCAUCGCAAGGCAUGCUGGUGGCGCACACAGGACUUUAGGAUCUGAAGUGUCGAAUUCUGCUAUAUUUCCACAACCUACAAAUGUCUACGCGACACUCCCAACUGAAUAUGCCCAACCGCAAUUCAUUGGCAUGACUUCUGAUCAGAAUCCACAAAUGUUUAAAACAAAAAAAAGACAUAUGCUAAAAGAAAUUAUAGGCGCGAUCUUUCAUUUGUAAUCAUUUUGUCCCUUUCACUCAUAUUGUUCAUUGUUAUAGGUUAUAGGAAGUAAAUAUAUUAAUAUAGAAAGUAAAUGUCAAAACUACAUCGUUUCUGAUGUUUUUCAGUUUACAUAUGUAUAUUGUUUAGACUGUGUCGUUUUAGGACAGAUGUGUUGGGUCUCUUGCACAUGUCAUGCACGAGCUGUUAUUUGGUUUAUAAGGAAGCUACAAGCUUCCAGAACAUGGGUGUAACAACAUUUUCUUUAUCUCUGAAA